AUGACCGAGCAGCAAUCUGAGCUCACGCAAAUCUGGGAACAAGCAGUAGACGAAUACCUGAACAAGUCGAAGAGGGGUUCAGUAGCACAAAGGUGGAAGGUACCGAUCACCACGCAAGAUGAUCUCAACAAAUUGAUUGAGCAGCAUGAAUCGGAUUUUCUGCGUUUCCGGAAGUCACGCAAGAGAUUCUGGGAUGGAUUAAUGGCAACAAUGGGUCAAUUGCAGAAUCUCGGAAAUGUCGCGCAAGCAGCCCUCCAAUUGUCUCCCUUCGCACCGGCGGCUGUUGUUCUGGAGGCGGGACUUUUUCUUGUCAGUUCCGGCGCAGCUGUGGCUGACACCUAUGACUCUCUGGAGACUUUAUUCCGAAGGGUCAGAGACAUUACCGAUCGACUGGGCGAGUACUUGAAGGUGAGUCUUGAUCACAAGCUUCAACAAGUUGUAAUCAAGCUGCUCAGCUCCCUUCUCGAUGUCUUUGGCGAGGCUGAAGCUGCUAUUCGACGUGGAAGAGGGAAGGAGAUGAUGCGACGGGUCACCGGCAAGGAAAAUACUAUCCAGGUCGCACUUGAUCGGCUCGACGAGUGGGUACAAACGGAGAUAGCUCUGAUCACAGCAAAGACCUUUGCAACAACCCAACGCAUAGAUGAGAAGGUGGAUAACGAAAGGGAUCGCUUAUUACUUCGACGAUCGCUCUGUGCGGAAGUUGCUUCCGACAAUGAAGCAUUCGGCAAGAACAUCGAAGCUUCCCGGAUUUCGCGAUCCGGCGACUGGAUACUUAAAGAACGCCUUUUCGACAAGUGGUUCCAAAGAGAAUUUCCAGUAUUAUGGGUUCUGGGAAAGCCGGGUACCGGAAAAACCUACCUCGCGUCACGCAUAGUCUCGCACAUACGACAGAACUCUGGACUUGCAAGUUUUUUUUACAUACGCGAAGGCAUGAACACCCAGCACGACCCCGAAUCCAUCCUGAAGGCAAUUGCCUAUCAGGUCACUGGGCUUUACGGAGCGUACCGUGAGCAGGCUGUCGCGGUCUGUAAUGAUGGAGAUAGCCUCCUUCUUCCGGAAUCUUUGUGGGAAAGUCUAUUCGUCAAGCCAUUCAAUACGGGUGCAGCCAAGCCUCUCUUCGUUGUUAUAGAUGGUCUGGAUGAAGCCACGACGAAGAACCAGGAACUGAUCGUGAAGCUGGCUAAGAAUCUGUCAGAUAUGCGAUCCAAAACUCGUAAAAAUCCGGUCAUUCAACUGUUGUUACUGGGCCGUCCUGACCUUGAUUAUAAUGUCUCUAACGUUUGGAGAGGCGAAAAGCGACGACCGAAAAUUCUGCAUAUCGAGCCGUCGAUGUCUAGAUCAGAUGUGGAAAGGUUUAUCAAGAAAGGAGUUACUGAAGGCAUCCCGUUGCUCCAAAAGAUGCGUCCAGGUCCUUCUAAGCGACUCAGAAGAGAAAUUGUUAAGACCCUAGGCGAUAGCUCCGACGGCAUGUUCAUGCUCGCCAAGCUCAUGCUCGCCGAAGUGAAAGACAUGAACAAACCGGAGCUGGUGAGGGAAGCCCUCUCAAAGCCUCCACAAGGGCUUGACGAAAUGUUCAGACGUGUAGUUGCACGGCUCGAUGUGACCGGUGGAUUUGAUAAGCAAGACUUGAAUGAAUUGAUCAUGUGGGUCGCAUGCGCUAAGCGCGAUCUUCGCCUUGGUGAGCUAGAUCUUGUUCUGAAACUGAGGGACCUCCGACAAAAUGGUAUUGUUGGACUUGAGGACGAACUGAGGACCAGAUUUGGAUCCUUCUUCAGCAUUGUGUUACGCGACACAGAGGUUGAAAGCGAAGACGAAGGAGAAGGAGAAGAAGAGACAGUGUCUGUGGCUGGAAGUGACACGACGUUGGCAGAUUCUGUUUCCAAAGAUAGUGAUCCAGGAGACGAGUCCGAUGCAGAGUGGGAAGAUGAGCGUCAGUCAGACAACAACCUGAGCGACAACGACCUUGAUGAUUAUGAGAGUGAUGAUGACACACCGCCUCAGUUCUUCACGGCAACUGUCAAAUUCGGUCACGCAAGUGUCGGUCAACACUUUCGCACAGCCUCCAUACACAGGGGAAUAGGGAUGGACCUCCAUUUUGCUCAAGCACACAUCGCGUUAACCUGCGUAGGCUUCUUGACUGAUAACAUCCCAAAAAGAAAGCAAAAACCCUGGCGCGAGCCAGAUCUCUUCAGAUACUCUUCAGAUUAUUUCCUCGAUCAUUUUGUGGAGGUGGACCUUGACGAGCUUGAGAUUACCCAGCCUGACCUUUUCGAAAGUCUUUCAAAAGAAGUAUCGUACCUCUUCAACGACCAUGAUUCGCUCGGUCGAUGGUUUCAUAAUGUUCCUGACGAGCAAAGGUUCAUGUGUCAGCUAUUCAGCGAGAACGUGUGUUCAAAACUCCGCCAGUGUUCCAUGAAGACCAAUACUCAUAACAAGGACACCACGGAGUCGCUUAAGAAAGAAUCUUCAACAUCUGAUUCGGUACUGUUGGAGCCGUUCGCUCACUGCGUCGCUAAGGCCUGGCUUUCAGAUGAAUCCUGUGACAGUAUGGUGGCUGUAUUGUUUCUUCAAGGCUACUUAUUCCUGCGAGAUCGCAAAACGUUCGGUCAGUGGACGCUGCCACCGAACCGACCCUUUGAGCACAUAGCAGAAGGUAUAUCACCAGAACAAAUCCGGAAAAUGUCUGCACUGUGCGGCUUGGAGAGGAACAUGCAUUUCUAUCUUGCCCUUGGCUCCACAUUCGCUAAGAUUAGGACAAGCCAGCAUCUUCUGGCAGCUGUAGACGAAUUUGAGCAUGCUAUCCAACUGACCGAGUACCCGGAGUGGAUAUGGCUGGCAUAUAAGAAGAAGGCCAAGGUUCUUUCCAGGCUUGGAGAAUCCAGAGAUGCAAUCGUGGCAGCUUCCAAGGCCUUGGAUUUACUUCCCGAGGACCGCUUCUACAAGAAGAAGAAACUCCUCCGACUGAUACAGGACGCGUAUCUCCAUUUGGGCAAUCGAGACGCUGCCCUUGCAGCGGCUGCCAGCGCAUGGGAAUGUGCUCCCUCUGAUCCAACUGCAGCAUUUCGCUUGAUAUACACUGCCCACAAGACAGGAAGCUAUACAGAAACAGUCAAAAUCAUGAGGUCAGCUCUCGAAUCCAGUAAUGGGGCCAAAUUUCUUGGUCGUAUCAUAGACCAAAUGGUCCCGCAGAGGUACACCACUGAAUAUAUGUCCAUUGCAUGCGCGAAAAUCGGAGAUCUGGAUCUAGCUAAGGAUGCUUUCACAGCCGUCAAAUCUGAGGCUAGGGACUCCGGAGCCGAAGAAAUCAUGGCUGCAGCGGACGAAGCGCUUGCUCAACUGUAUUUUGGCUUCUACCACGACGAGGAGAAGGCUAUUGAUCUGUGGGAAGACAUCAUCCGAAACUAUCCAAGUACAAGACCUGCUUUCGAAGCGUCAUAUGCUUUGAUGCCCUGGUAUUUCACGAAAGGAAAAGAAGCCGACCCGACCGAAGCACACACGUGGUUGUCAAAGAUGGAACAUCUCGUGGCUGCGAUAGAAGCUAUGACUCCUAGCCCGAGCAUGUCUCUUGCCCAGUACGAAGUAGCGGCUCUGUUGGGCCGAUGGUUUGCAGAACAAGGGGAGACGGAGCUGGCGCGAGCCAAGAUCCACCCUUACGUGAAGGCAAGCAUUUGCAACCUUACAGACCGGGACGACAGCAACGACUACGAUGCAUAUCACAGUCUUGCCCGAGCUCUUCUUUGCUUUGGGCAUCGAGAGCACGCCGCAAUAGCCUGGGCGUUCACGAAGCCGAUCCAGAGCGCAGAACAUCUUCUGGGGGAAGCAGGACAACACGUCCCCAACGCCAACAUAACGACGGUCCCGGCCGUUGAUACCGAGGUCGCCACGCCUUUUAGCUGGCUCGGUCGCUGCGACGGCGCGUGCGACCGACCUGAAGUCGUGGUCAAGUCGUUCAGCAUGUGUGAAAUUUGCGUCGACGUUGCCUUCUGCGAUGAGUGCGAGCAGAAGCUCCGAGAUGGGAUGGGUACCUUCACAAUAUGUAAUCCGGCGCAUCCUUUUAUGGAGAUCUACCCACCGAGAGGCUUGGUCACGAAGGAUGCGGAGGGGUAUAAAGUCCACCUUGAAGAGGAAAAGGUAGUCAGUGCAAGCGAGUGGCUAGCUAUGGUAAGUCGGGAAUGGAUUGGGGAAUAG